AUGCGGUUACGCCUGGUCGGGUCGCUACAUGUGGCCCUUUUUGUUUGCUGGCCCGCAUGUCAAUUGCCGGCUUUCUGUGCUCGUGAGUUGGGGAGAGAUCGCUUACCAGCGAAGGCAACCGAGGUGAAUACAUCGAGCCCCACAACCACUCAUCGCUCCCUGUGCAGCCUCCUCCUCCCUUCCCUCGUGCGCCUCCCCCUCGAUCUUGCGGCCUGGACAGCGCCGCCGCUCCUCUCAUUCACGGCUCCCACCUCCCACCUCGGCCUGGGCUGUGCGACCUCCCGGUGGUCACCAGUGGAUAAGAGGCCGCCGAAAGAUGAGACGCCAUGCGGGAGGAAGAAGCCGUCAUCGACCGACGGAGGGGCAUAUGUUGAGGGGAAGGGCCGCGAGCACGGGCAGAAGCCGACGCCCGCCAGCAGCGGCAGGCUGGAUCUGGACGGCGUGCUCGUGGCGCCAAUCACCAUCUGGGUGAUCAGGGCCGAUGGGUUCAUCUGCUCCCACCUCCCGCGCGAAGCUCAUGGCCGAGACUCCGUACUCCGUCCUCGCUGUCGACGUCUAAUGCUACAAGAUCCGCGGCCUCGUCGAUCGACCCCCGCACCACGUCGCCGGCCGCAUCUCCUUCCACUACGUCAACGCCAAGAACGACUCCUGCCUGGAGAUUACGGAGUGUAAUUCUUCAGAUGUGCAAAUCCCGCAGCCAAUCUUGCUGAAACUAUCAUUGUGAGAUUUACUUUAUUUCGUUGGCUGUGUUCAUUUGGAAUUUCUGAAGCUGAGAUUUAAUCAUGUUUCUGGGAUUCUUUAGUGUUUGGCUCAAGCUGGUCAUGAACUGAAUGUUGAUGUGGGCAAAGUGGAAAUGCAUAAGGCUUAAAAGAUCAUCUACAAAAUUACUUUUGCGUAAAGAUCACUGUCGGUUUACUUGAGUGGGCUCAUCCAAUGUCAGGUUCGCCGUCUUCUGUACCUCGAAGGAGUGAAUUUUGUUGAUGUUAUUACAAAAGUUUUAUUUGUACUAGAAAUGAUAUAUCAUUACCAAGUUAACAAUGAUCGUCAUAGCUUAUCGGGGUUCAGAGAGCUGUUUUAGGCCGAAGUUUUCUUUAUAGCAGGCCACGUCAUUAGCCAUACAUUUCAGGCCAAUCAAAUGGUUUGGACAUGGGAUCCUGGAAAGUGCAGCGCCGUGGUUAGUACAGGGAGGUUGGGAAUAUGUGCUCGCGGGUCUUAACUAAUUGCAAUUCUGGUUAUCGACACUACAUUUAACUAAUUGUAAUUCUGGUUAUCGAGACUACAUUUAAUUCUGCCAUAAUGGUUAGUUAGCAGAAUUAACAUCUGACUAGGAGAUUGCAUAUGGAGCUGGGGUGAGGUUGCAUGUCACUCUUUGUUGGAAACUAAUAAGCUAUACCAUGUCCAAGAUUAGAAGAUCAAAUAAGGAGCUAUGCUCAAGUUUCACCGUUUAGAGUGUAAAUUUGUUUGUUCUGUUAGUCUCGCACGGACAAUAUUGUUUGGUUUAUACUUUAUACUAUGGUUACUUGAAAAGUUGCUCUUCAUCUUUCCAAAUACUACUCCCUCCGUCAUAUAAUGUAAGACAUUUUUGGACACUACAUUAAGGUCAAAAAAUGUCCUAUAUUAUGAGACAAAAGGGAGUAGAUAAUAAGAUAACUUGAAAGCCCAUAUCUUGGUACCUCUUAAUACAUAUGAAUUAAUAAUCAAGCCCAUAUCUUGGCUCCAGUGCUGGAGAUUAUGCCUGAGUUGCAGGAGCGUUGUGGGGAGCCUACUUCACCUCUUUCAAUGGUGCUUCCGAAGGAGAUGGGGCAGGUGAUGUCUGUGGGUGGCGAGGUUGAUGAGGUAGGUGCGUUGGCACCUAUCUCUGGGGCGCAACUAUAGGGUUUGCCUCUGCCAUGUGUGCAACUGAAGGCGCCUGAGUCCAUUGUGUCGGUGGUAUCCGUGGCUGAGCAUGUUAAUGCAGUGGUGUCUGUGAGGGACAAGGUUGAUGAGAUUCUAUUUGAGAUACAAGUCAGCAGCUUGCUCGCACGUUUGGAGGCGGUCAGCCCUGGAUCUAGCAAGAUGAUUGUGGAGAAGGCUCUCAGGAGCAAAACUAAGUAGAGUGACGUCACAGGAAAGGCGUCUGCAGCUGCUUGAUGGAUAUUCAUCAGUCUAUUGGGCGGUCCAUAUGGUCUGGUUUGUGUUUGUCUAUGUGGAUUUGGCGGUGUUUGUGGACUUCGGCGGAGGUGCUCUUGUUAGGGGUUUGUUUGCGAUGUAGUAGUUUGGAGGUUGAUGGUCGUUCCAUGUUGGGUUUGUUUGUAGGGCUGAUCGUGCGCUUCUGGAGUUGUAUGCUCUAUGAGUAAUCCGCAUGUGGUUAGUUUGUAUCGGUUUUCGCUCGGUUUUCCGUUAAUUAACUGAGCAAUUCUCUUCUGCUUAAUUAAUCGAUGAGGCAGAUCAAAAAAAAUCAAGCCAAAAAUGAUGCUUCUUUUGUCGAA